AGUCCGUUCUUGGGGACUCUCAGAAGCGCAUGCUCGCGACUCGCGCGUGCAUAAACCUCGAGCACCGGCGUGCGCGCGGCCGGCGUUCCGAGGCGGUUGGUAUCCGGGAGCUGGUAAAGCGCGACUCGAGGCAAUUAUUUCCAGUCAGAGAAGGAAACCAGUCCCUGGCAUUCUCACCACCUUUCUGCCUGCCAUGAUCAAGUGCUUGUCAGUUGAAGUACAAGCCAAAUUGCGUUCUGGUUUGUCUGUGUGCUCUUUAGGCCAGUGUGUUGAGGAACUUGUCCUCAAUAGUAUUGAUGCUGAAGCAAAAUGUGUGGCUGUCAGGGUGAAUAUGGAAACCUUCCAAGUUCAAGUGAUAGACAAUGGAUUCGGGAUGGGAAGUGAUGAUGUAGACAAGGUGGGAAAUCGUUAUUUCACUAGUAAAUGCAACUCUGUACAAGACUUGGAGAACCCAAGGUUUUAUGGUUUCCGCGGGGAGGCCUUGGCAAGUAUAGCUAACAUGGCCAGUGCUGUGGAAAUUUCAUCCAAGAAAAACAGGACAAUGAAAACUUUUGUGAAACUCUUUCAGAACGGAAAUGCCCUGAAAGCUUGUGAAGCUGACUCGAGUAGACCAAGUGCCGGGACAACAGUUACAGUGUAUAACCUAUUUUAUCAGUUACCUGUAAGGAGGAAAUGCAUGGACCCUAGACUGGAGUUUGAGAAGGUCAGGCAAAGGAUAGAAGCUCUCUCACUCAUGCACCCUUCCAUUUCUUUCUCUUUGAGAAACGAUGUUUCCGGUUCCAUGGUUCUUCAACUUCCUAAAACCAAAGACAUAUGUUCCCGAUUUUGUCAAAUGUAUGGAUUGGGUAAGUCCCAAAAAUUGAGAGAAAUAAAUUUUAAGUAUAAGGUGUUUGAGCUUAGUGGUUUUAUCAGCUCUGAAGCACAUUACAAUAAGAAUAUGCAAUUUUUGUUCGUGAACAAAAGACUAAUUUUAAGGACAAAGUUGCAUAAACUCAUUGAUUUUUUAUUAAGGAAAGAAAGUAUUAUAUGCAAGCCAAAGAGUGGCUCUGCCAAUAGGCAGAUGAACUCAAGUCCUCGGCAUCGGUCUAACCCAGAACUCUAUGGGAUAUAUGUAAUCAAUAUGCAGUGCCAAUUCUGUGAGUAUGAUGUGUGCAUGGAGCCAGCAAAGACUCUGAUUGAGUUUCAGAACUGGGAUACUCUCUUUGUUUGCAUUCAGGAAGGAGUGAAAAUGUUUUUAAAGAAAGAAAAAUUAUUUGUGGAAUUAUCAGGUGAGGACAUUAAAGAAUUUAGUGAAGAUAAUGAUUUUAAUUUAUUUAAUGCUGCUCUUCAGAACCAUGUGUCCUCUGACAGGAAGGGUGACCAGGUCAGUUUCCAGGAAGCAUGUAACAAUAUUUUGGAUUCCUAUGAAAUGUUUAAUUUGCAAUCAAAAGCUGUAAAAAGAAAAGCUACCAUAAGAAAUGUAAACACACAAAAUUCUAGAGAUUCAGAAGCUAUCAGACCAAAGACAAGUGAUUCAUUUUUGUACAUUGAUGAAUCAGAUGGCCCAAGCCAUAGUAAAAUGAUAGAGUUGUCUUUACAAAACAAAGAUAACUCUUGCUCAGAAUCAAGGACCUUAGAAAAAGAGACAGCUGAGACAUCAGAAUCCAGAGAAAAUGAAAAACAUAAAAAAUCUCUCUUGGAACUUACCUCUUCAGAAAAUCCAUGUGGAGCCAGUUCAGAAAUGUUUGCAAGCCCUUUUCAAACAUCGUAUCAUUUUGAGGAGAGUGAGGAUCUAGAAAUAACAAUAAGUACUACUGGUAAUGGCAUGCCUGCCAACAUCCUGAAAAAUAAUAGAAUUCAGAACCAAUUCAAGAGAUGUAAAGGUGCUUAUGGAAUGGGAUGCCAACCUCUGCCUUUUGAGACACCACUGAGAGUACAUGGUGCUCAUGAAGAGGCAGAGGGAAAAAAAAAAGAACCUAGUGAUUGUGGAAGAACAAACAUUUUUAGUUAUGGGCAAGUUAAAUUACGUUCCACUGGCUUUAUAACUCAUGUGGUACAAAACGAGCAAACUAUGUCAACUGAAAGAGAAUACUUAUUUAAAAAUUGUGUUCAUCCUGGGCCUGUGAGUACCAAAGAAACAUUUGGAAAUAGAAGACCCCAUUCAGUUGAGACUUCAGAGGUCAAAGAUUUAACCAGUACUUUAAGUAAAGAAUUUGUUCAACUACCUAACAAAAAAUUGUGCAGAACAAAUGUAAGUUAUGGGCUAGGGAACAAACCUCUAGCAACUUAUAAAAAUGUUGAUAUUUUUCAGAAAGGUAGUAUAAAAUCACACACAAGUUGCUUAUUACCCAACACAUCCUUUUCUUUCCCUUGGUGUAAAUAUGUUGCCGAUGGUAGUAAGAAAACAGAUGAGUGGAUUGGUUCCUUCAAACCCAUAACCCAUAAGAAGCUAAGCUUACGUUCACAACUAGGAUCCUUAGAGAAGUUUAAAAGACAAUAUGGAAAGAUAAAAAGUCCUCUGAAUACUGAAGUAGAGGAAGGUAAUUUUGAAAUCUCUACCAAUCUCAGUCCUCAAAUUGAACCUGACAUCCCAUGGAAAGACAAGAACCAUGUAGACACCUCUGAUGUUUGUAAUAUCACGACUAUGAAGCAUAAUGAUUCAAAUAGUAGGUGUCAGUCAGUCAGUCACAUCCUCUACUCGAAGUUCCCAUUCUCCGAGGAAGAAGACUGUUUGGAACAACAGAUGCCUUUUUUAAGAGAAAGUCCUAUAAAGGAGCUAACUCAUUUUAACAGAAACCCUUUGGAUGUUGAGCUGUCAUCUGAAUCUCUAGCCUCUAAAUUAUCCAGGAUGAAAGACUCCAAAACAGACUGUCAAACAAUGGAAAUGAUGAGUCAUCUUAAUGAAUGUCCACACUCAGAUUCCGGUAGGAAAGACAGUGACUUGUGCCGUCCGUUAAUCCUAGAAUCUUGUGAGUUAUUUAAAAAUGAGCAUAAAAAAACAGAGAGUGGCGUCAUUCCAAUCUUGGAUCAUGUCACAGAGGAUAAUUCCUUCAAUAAAAAUAGUGAGACAUACUCUAAUGACAACACAACAGAGAACCCUGUGAUACCAGAAACUCCUUUGGCAUUAUCCUAUAAUAAUUCUAAAGCUAUCACUAAAAAUUCAGAUGUUCUUAUAGCCUCAGAACGACAGAUAGAAAGUCCUAAUUCUCCCAGUGGAAUGCUAACGAGUCAUGUAGAAGAUUCUGCAGCCCACCAAAGUGGAUCUUGUUUUCAGAGUGAGGAAUCAACAGCGAGAACUUGUUCUGAAAAUGAAGAGUCUUCUCUGGUUUGGCAGCAGCAUUUUGAUGUGGCCCUGGGAAAAAUGGUUUACAUCAACAAAAUAACUGGACUUAGCACAUUCAUUUCUCCUACUGGGGACACUCGGGCUGCUUGUACUAAAGACCUGACAACAGUAGCUGUGGAUGUUAUACUUGAGAAUGGAUCUCAGUACAGGUGCCAUCCUUUUAGGAGCGACCUUGUUCUUCCUUUCCUUCCUAGAGCUCGGGAAGAGAGGACUGUGAUGAGACAGAAUAACAGAGAUACUGUGGAUGAUGCUGCUGGUAGCAAAUCGCUUCAGUCUUUGUUCUCAGAAUGGGACAAUCCAGUAUUUGCCCGUUAUCCAGAGGUUGCUGUUGAUGUAAGCAGUGGCCAGGCCGAGAGCCUAGCAGUUAAAAUUCACAACAUCUUGUAUCCUUAUCGUUUCACCAAAGAAAUGAUUCAUUCAGUGCAGUGUUUUACUGCUUAUUUGAAUGUAUGGCAGGUUCUCCAGCAAGUGGAUAACAAGUUUAUUGCCUGUUUAAUGACUACCAAGACUGAAAAGAAUGGUGAGGCAGGUGGUAACCUGCUAGUCCUGGUAGAUCAGCAUGCUGCCCAUGAGCGUAUCCGUUUGGAGCAGCUUAUUAUUGAGUCCUAUGAGAAGCAACAGCCACAAGGCUCUGGCCGGAAAAAAUUACUGUCUUCCACUGUAAGUCCUCCGCUAGAGGUAACAGUGACAGAGGAACAAAGGAGACUUUUAUGGUGUUACCACAAAAAUCUGGAAGAUUUGGGCCUUGAAAUUAUAUUUCCAGACACUAGUGAUUCUCUGGUCCUUGUAGGAAAAGUACCACUCUGUUUUGUAGAAAGAGAAGCCAAUGAACUUCGAAGAGGAAGAUCUACUGUAACCAAGAGUAUUGUGGAGGAAUUUAUUCGAGAACAAGUGGAGCUACUGCAGACCACAGGAGGCAUCCAAGGGACUUUGCCACUGACUGUCCAGAAGGUGUUGGCGUCCCAAGCCUGCCAUGGGGCCAUUAAGUUUAAUGAUGGCCUGAGCCCAGAGGAGAGCUAUCGCCUUAUUGAAGCUCUGUCCCGGUGCCAGCUGCCAUUCCAGUGUGCUCACGGGAGGCCUUCCAUGCUGCCGUUAGCUGACAUAGACCACUUGGAGCAGGAAAAACAGAUGAAACCCAAUCUUGCUAAACUUCACAAAAUGGCUCAGGCCUGGCGUCUCUUUGGAAAAGCAGAAGGAUGUGAUACUAGGCAAAGCCUGCAGGCAUCUCUGCCUACUUGUGAGCCACCAUGAGAACAGAAUUAUUGCUCUAUAAGGAACCAUAAUGAUGCUAACUGCUCACCUCUGGGCAGAGAGCACCAGCAGUUGACUGACUCAGCACCAUGGGUCCAAGCAACAUGUCAAUUUUCCCUGAGCAGACAAUUCCUCUAGUUGGGUAACCAGAUGGAAUUCAAGCCUGAAGACAUUUCAUUCAUUUUCAUCCAUGGUCCCAGGAGGUUGCCCUAUAAUAUCUACUUUUUCUAACUUAUUUAGGGAUAAAAUUUAAUGAUGAAUUGUC